AUGGUCCACAUCCCAGUCUGGGCCCUGAAGGUUGGCUGUUACUAUGGCCUUAUAACCUGCAACACUCGCCCCGGUGUUUGGCCUAAGAACAAGCCUGUCGUUGUUGCGUGGGAAGCUCCUCGCCCCACUACGACCGCCACUACCCCGGUUCAACACACUACUUCUACAAGUGCUGUGGUUGAUUCCUCCACCAUCCUCCCCAGUGUCACCACCACUGCUCAAUCAUCCUCAUCUUUGACUCCGUCUUCAUCUCCAUCUGUCUCUAUCACUCUUUCUUUUCCUGCUUCUUCCAGUGACAUUGUUUCCUCCAUUGAGACUCUUUUGCCCACUAGUACCGCCCCACCCUCCACCUUCGUGACAUCGACUUCCCUGUCCGGUGUCCCAGGGUCUUCGAGCUCGGUUCUCUCCUCGUCUUUCUCGAGCUCCCUCGUCUCGUCUGCCUCAGUCCCGUCCCAAUUGCCGGGCUCCUCUUCGGCCAUUGUUUCUUCUCACAGUUCUUCUGCUGCUGCCUCAUCCUCCUCGUCUGUUAUUGGUACUUCCUCUCCUGCGUCGAGUCCCGUUAACUCCGGCUCUUCGUCUUCGGUGAUUGGAUCGAGCACCCGCCCUGCCAGCUCGUCUGCUGCUAGCUCUUCUGGUGUUAGCUCCCUGACAUCGACCCCAGUCCCUAGCCAGUCUAGCAGUGUCGGCUCCUCUUCAGCGGCAUCGUCUUCUGCAGCUUCUAGCUCGAAUUCUCUCUCUUCGCCUGUUUCUUCCAGUGCCACUGUGACGCCCAGCAUGUCUGGAACUUCCAGCGCUGUCUCUAUUUCGGCCACGGCCUCCGCUUCUGCCAUUGCUCAGGCCAAUAUCGCUGCCAACAUUCUGGUCAUUGCCCGUGACUCUGCCUCCGCCGGUGUGGCCUCGUCUGGUCUCAAUGCCUACGGUAUCCCCUUUACUACCCUGCUUGUUCCCAAGGCUGGCGUUGCUCUCCCUGCCUUGAACAGCAGCACUUCCGGAAAUUUCGGUGGUAUCGUUGUCGCCUCCGAGGUCAGCUACGACUAUGGUACUUCGGGCUUCCAGAGUGCUCUGACCACCGACCAGUGGAACCAGCUCUACGCCUACCAGCUGGAGUAUGGUGUCCGCAUGGUUCAAUAUGAUGUUUACCCCGGCCCAAACUAUGGUGCCACCGCCAUCGGCAGCGGAUGCUGUGAUACUGGCGUUGAGCAGGAUAUCUCCUUCACUGAUAUCAGCGACUUCCCGACCUCUGGUCUAAAGACUGGCGCUGGUGUUAGCACCAAAGGACUCUGGCACUAUCCGGCUACCAUCAGCAACACCACCUCAACCAAGCAGAUUGCCUCUUUCGCUGCCAACUCUGUCACUGCCAGUGACUCUGUUGCUGCUGUCAUCAACAACUUCGACGGUCGUGAGCAGAUGGCCUUCUUCAUUUCCUUCGAUACCACCUGGAGUGCUACGUCCAACUACCUGCAGCACGCUUGGAUCACUUGGGUCACUCGUGGUCUAUACGCCGGUUAUCGUCGUGUCAACCUGAACACUCAGAUUGAUGACAUGUUCCUUGAGACCGAUAUCUACUACCCCAGUGGCACUACCUUCCGUAUCCGCACCGAGGACAUGGAAAACGUCAAGAACUGGAUCCCCACAAUCCUCGCCAAGAUGAACCCCGGCAGUAUUUACUUCCCGGAAGUUGGUCAUAAUGGAAAUGGCAAUAUUGAGAACUCCUCCAACACCGACGCUGGAUACACCGCCUGCAAUGGAGGUGGCAUUGAGUACGACUCUCCUCCCGACACUGCCCUCGAGUUCCAGAAGCCUCUCGGCACUGGUACCAACCUGUGGCCUGCUACUCCUACCACCUAUAGCUGGAGCACUAAGUGCAACAACCUGGACCCUCUGCUUGUCUGGUGGACCACCGCUGCCAACCUGAACAGCUUCGGCUCCAUCUCCCACACCUUCACCCACGAGGAGCAGAACAAUGCCACCUACUCCGAUGUGAACAAGGAGAUCAGCUUCAACCAAGCCUGGAUCAAGGCUGUCGGCAUUGACCAGUCCGAGCACUGGACCUCCAACGGUAUCAUUCCUCCCGCCAUCACCGGUCUCCACAACGGCGAUGCCCUGCAGGCCUGGUGGGACAACGGUAUCACCAACUGCGUCGGUGACAACACUCGUUCCGUCUUGCUGAACACACAGAACGCCAUGUGGCCCUACUUUACGGUGACCUCCACCGACGGCUUCGACGGCAUGCAGGUCAACCCCCGCUGGGCCACUCGCAUCUAUUACAACUGCGACACUCCCGACUGCACCCUGCAGGAAUGGAUCGACACUUCGGCCGGCAGCGGUACCUUCGAGGACCUGCUCGCUACCGAGAAGGCCGACACCAUGCGCCACCUGUUCGGUCUGCACCACGACGGCUACAUGUUCCACCAGGCCAACCUGCGCAAUUCUGACGUUGCGGAACUGACCAUCAAUGGCGAGACUGCCAAAUACUCCAUCUUUCAGGCCUGGGUCGAGACUCAGGUCUACGAGUUCACCCGUCUGGUCGACUGGCCCCUGAUCACCCUCAAGCACCAGGACAUGUCCGCCUCCUUCCUGGACCGCUACAAACGUGAUGCCUGCGGCUACUCGCUUAACUACACCGUCAGCAACAAGAAGAUCACCGCUGUGACCGUCUCUGCUACCGACAGCAGCUGUAGCAGCAAGAUCCCCGUGACCUUCCCAACUGCUCCCAGCAACACCCAGGGCUUCACUGUCGAGCAGGUCGGCAGCGACCCUGCUACUGUCUGGGUUCAGCUCUCUGGCUCUCCUGUUACUUUCACUCUGGACAGCCCGAUUGCCCUGUAA